AUGUUGCCACUAAUGAUGGAUCCUAGAAUUGGCUGGAUUCAACCGGAACAAAAGGGUCCAGCAUAUACAACAUGGAGCGACAUAAUGAUUCAGGAUGUCACUUCACCAUCAACGAAUUUGGAAAAUCUUCGUGCUGGAAGGCCGGACUAUAUCCCUCUGAAUCAUAAAAAUACUUUUAGUGACGCAAAGGAGACUACUGCGUUAAACAACUUGAUAAACGCAGGCAAAAGUCAUGUUAGUAAGAAGAAAAAAGUUGAAAAUCGAACCCCGUGGUGGUCGAAGGAAAAAAGCUAUCCAGACGGCCCAGUUGGGUAAGUCGCCAUUCAGGUCAUUUCAGCGAGAAUUCUUACAACGAAGAAGUGACAACCCUCACAAUUGAAAGCUAAUAAGUUAUUCUUUCGUUUUAUUAAGGCUUCAUGAGGAAAUUCUGGACUUUCAUAAUUUUAUGAAACCUCGUCCUGCUGAACAUAGGAUGCGACAAGAAGUAAUAUCGAGAGUUCAAGAAGUCAUCAAACAACUCUGGCCUACAGCUGAAGUACGUAGGGAAAAUUCACAUAAUUUGCUCAAUUUUUUUGUUAUAAAUUCAAAGUAAGUUUGCUGAAUGGUGUAACAAGUAUGGGAAAUGACGAGGUUUUGUUUUUAUCGAACCAUUUCAGGUGGAGGUCUACGGAAGCUUCCGAACGGGCCUCUAUUUACCAACCAGGUGAGAGCGAGUAGCAACUUUUUGUGAGUCGAAAUAAAAGGUGUUUAUGAUCUGUAACGUUUUGUGCCCUAUUUUAGAUUUUCCUCUCUUGGGUCUUGCUAUCGCCAGUGUGAAAUGGAUCUAAUAAAGAUUAUCGAGUAGUGAAUGGAUAUUACUCUACAACCGUUUAAAUGAAAAGCAAAACAUGUACUGUAUCUUUUCAAUAAACCGUUUGUGGUGAGCAGAAACAAGGUUUUCGUGUAAACAUUAUGCAACCUGAAACCCCCGGAGGAUAUCUCUAUUUUGAACAUAAGCAGUUUCAAAUAGUUCUGAUGUCACAGUACCCAAUUGUAAGUAGUUGUUAUUCAUUUAAAAUCCGUUGCUUCUUAUUAGUGACAUCGAUAUUGUCGUCUUUGGCAAAUGGGAGAGAUUGCCUCUAUGGACGCUUGAACAGGCGCUAACUGCGAACAAAAUUGCGGAGGUUUCGUCGAUCAAGGUCUUGGAUAAAGCAUCGGUGAGACUAGUUUUUUCUUUUAUAGUAUAUUUGUAUUAUGAACACAAAUAUCGCGACAACUCGUGAUGAUAAGCUUAUAUACAAGCUUAAUACUCACUAAUAAAAUACAGAAUAAAUGAGGUUAAAUUACCCCCGAUGUUCUGAAAGCUUGUUAUGUAUUAAAGAUGCACAAAAGCUUCUUUUCUGCUAAUGUUUUCGAAGGACAGCUGUUUUUGUCACUCAGGAAAGGUGUAACAAGCUUUUUCCUUCGCGAAUAACAAAUCUGGAGGAAGUGACAACGCUAUAUAAAUCACAAAAUCGUUAACAUCGCACGGGAAAAUACUUGUUGAAUAUUCACGUAUUGUACAUGAUCCUACUUAUUUCGGUAUGCAAAUUCAAUGCGGGUUUGUCCCUCAGUGAAAUUUGAAUAUUUAUGACCUUUGUUUUCAGACUCUUAUUCUUUUUGCCUGGGGUGUUAUGUAUAAUACUUUGUCUAUCGUCUACAUGUAAUGCCUCAAAAAUUUCAACUACAAGAUUUAAGCACAAGAUUUUUGUGCAGGUGUGUCAUGUUGAAGGACUUAAUGUACUCUCACAAUGAUAAAAGAACAUCAUUUCUGUUAUUUUUUGUCAUAAUGUUAAAUUAUUCCAUAUUUUGCCACUCAUGAAGAAUAGCCAGCUGUAGUUGGGGUUGUUUGGGGGCUUUUGAAAGUACCUACAUCGUUCAGGGUUUUUGUUCACGUCAGUUAAGUAGUGUCAUAAUUUGCAUUAAUUGUAUCAAGUGGAAUUGUGAAUAUUUCAGAAAAUUUUAAGUAAAAUAAUAUUUACACAACUUUUGGCAUCAGUUGAAACUUGUUAAAUUUUAAGAUUCUUCAGCCCAAAUAAAGGAUUUAUACAUGCAGUUUGAUAAAUGUAGUGGAUAUGUCUUAGGUAAAAUCCCCUUUCAGGUUAAAGUAGUAUUCAGCCUAGUUUGAUACAGAAUUUCCUUAAUUUCUUGGCCCUAAUUAUUUAUAGCAGAAAAAGGAAGUUCUGUUUUUUCCUGAGAAACAAUUUUACCCCUAACAGGUAUUGAUAUGACAUUCAGUCCAGUGUUAUUACAAGGAUAGGUGUUCCAUAAUUAUCUGUGCAGAAAGACCUUUUGAAGUCUAAUUUCUAAAUGUUAUAUAGAGCCAGAAUGGCUUAACCAAAAACUAUAACUUUUUUAAAUAAAAAAAAAAUAUGCGUAAAAUGAUGACGAGCAAAAUUAUUCCCUAAUUCACGAGUAUACCAUUUGAUUACCUUUUAAUAUCAUUGGUAGUGCUUCUGAUUGGCUGCAGCAAAUUUUCAUUUUCAGGGCUGAAAAUAACGGCCGGUCAACGGACAAUGUCCAGCCCGAUCACGGACUUGACCGGUCAAACUCUGGUCAUUUUGACCGGUCAUUUUUGGAUACAAACAUUUUAUUUUCCAUACAGUUGUCGCUUAAUGCUCUAUAACCCUGCAAUGAUUUCUUUUUUCUUUGGCGUUUUUUGCUGCUUUGCACUAAACCCUUCUAAGAAAAAGAACACCGCAAUAAAUUAAUUUCAUGUCGUCAUGUCGUAAUGAAACGCAACAAAGUGAAUAACAAACUGAGUUGAAAAGUAAUGCAAUGUUGCAAGUCGUGCUGUACUUUCUGCUUUGCUGUAAUCUGUAAUGUGACCUUCUUUGGGAAUUCAAAGGAAUUCAGGCAAAUUGAUCACAAUUCUCUACAGGUCGUCCUGUGUUUCUCCGGGAAUAAAUGUUAGUGCAUCGAUUAAUAAUAAUUUCUUUUAUGUUGAACAUGAAUCUCAUUUGCAGACUCGAUUCCAGAAUGGUCUGAUAAAAAUUUAAGAUAAUCAAGAGGGAAGGUUGUCGUCUAUCUCGGCGCUAGAUUCUCGUUCUUGUAAACAACUUUAUGCAAAUUUCUGUUGACAUUUGAGCCCUUUGCGAUAAAAUGUUGCGUGAUGACUCAAAUUUAUUUAUUGACUUCUGAUGAUAAACACGCUGUUUGUGGAACAAACUUCUCGCCAAUGCAAAUCAACUUCUUUGCCGAAAAUAUUAGCGACAAUUCUUCUUUGAGGAGGUGACUUUCGAUCACGUGCCAGGCAAGGAAAAAGAUCAAGUUUCACCGAUGUUCAUUUCGGAACNACAUGAAUCUCAUUUGCAGACUCGAUUCCAGAAUGGUCUGAUAAAAAUUUAAGAUAAUCAAGAGGGAAGGUUGUCGUCUAUCUCGGCGCUAGAUUCUCGUUCUUGUAAACAACUUUAUGCAAAUUUCUGUUGACAUUUGAGCCCUUUGCGAUAAAAUGUUGCGUGAUGACUCAAAUUUAUUUAUUGACUUCUGAUGAUAAACACGCUGUUUGUGGAACAAACUUCUCGCCAAUGCAAAUCAACUUCUUUGCCGAAAAUAUUAGCGACAAUUCUUCUUUGAGGAGGUGACUUUCGAUCACGUGCCAGGCAAGGAAAAAGAUCAAGUUUCACCGAUGUUCAUUUCGGAACAUCAACGUAAAACAAGCAUGUGCAGAUUUUGUAAAAUAACCCAAUUUUUUUCUUUCGUAAUUUCUUAAGUUUGCUGAACGGUAUGUGUAUUCCGUUUCCUGAACCUUGAGAGUUUGAAAAGGAUUUACGCUUCACUUUUUACCUCUAGAGACCUCAGACACCGCCGUGCAAUGAUACUCAAGGUAGAACGUAACAUUAAAAUGCGCGAAAACCACAGAAAGGAACUCUACAAUAUGCGAAUGCAUUUUUUACCAACUUGCUGUCAAAAAUGAGAACGUCAAUGUAGUAAUAACGAUCUAUUGCCAGCAUAAUUGGAUAUUCCUAAGGCAAAAAAAAAUGUAUUAGUAUUCAUUAUUUGACCGGCCAGAAUCGGGGUUUAUCCGGGCUAAAAAAUAUGUGGCCGGUCAUCAUGACUGGCAACCUGCUGUCUAUUAUUUUCAGCCCUGAUUUUUCAGCAUGGAAUUUCUGCAUUUGUUCCUCAGGCAUAAUUUUUCAGGGAAACUAUUGGUGGCAUUGCAAAUUGUCAAUUAUGCUGAGUAGCCUGGAAAUCACAGUGUUAGAGCACUGGGCUCCCUGAAAUUUUUCUUAGAGCACAGCCUUGCAUUUUUCCUACCAGUCAUGUGCAAAGUAACUGACUGCUAGCAGAGCAUUACAUCUCACCUAUUUUUAUAGUGUGCUGUGUAUCUGCAUUGUGUUUUUGAUAUAAAGAAGCAUUUCCUUUACAAGAAAAAAUCUGAGAAUGUAAAAGUGAUGUGCUAUCUAUGAACAAAAAUUUCUUGCAAGAAUUUGUAAAGAUUUUACAUUGAAUACAACUGAACAGUCACCCACUUUGCACUUAUUCAGCCAUGGUUAUAAGGUAAGGGGUGAUAUACAGUUGGUGUUGUGGUGUUUGUCUUAGAGGGGGUUAACUGUUUUGAUUUGACAACUGGCUUGCUUCAAAUGAUGCAUUUGCUGCAAAAAGUCUUUACCUGUACAUAACAGUUGGUGGGCUUGUUGCUACACCAUUUUUGGCCACUAUACAUCACCCCAGACAAUUACAAAAUAUUUUUUCAAUAUAAUAUAGUUAAUAUAGUAAAUAUAUAAUUGAAGAUGAUUUUUUAAGUGGUCCUUGUCAGGGUGGGUAAUUGCAGAGCUAUCUUGUUUCUAUUGAGAGAACUGCAAAAUGUUUAUUGUACAUGUAGUUCUUAACUUUGAGUGUGUUGGCUAAGACUUGUGAUGCUGAUCAUUUGAGACUUUUCUUGUGAUAAUCAUGAUAUUUACUAAGUUUAGGGUUUAAAACUGAAAGUGGCAGAAUUAUAAUUUUGUCUAUCAUGUGAUUGACAAAGAUGCCUUUCAUGUGAUAAUCCAAAAUACUGCACUAUUCCAGGGGGCUUGUUGGAGCUAACACAUAGCCCUGGUGAAGUCUAUCAAAAUGAUGUAACAUAAUGCAUGCAAAAAAGUUAAACCCUGUGUCAAUAUUUUGCAUUUUCAAGGUCUGUUACGGUUGCUUUAUAUUGUAGCAGUAAAUAUACAAAGCCAAAACAUCUGAUAUCUUUAAAAAAAUAACAAUUAUUAAUCGUGGCUUUUUGUAACAUUUUCUUUAUUCAGGUGCCUAUAAUCAAAAUGACAGACCAGAAAACCAGUGUGAAAGUGGACAUAAGCUUCAACGUCCCAGCUGGGUUAAAAGCAGCCGACUUCAUAAAGGUAAACCUUUUUGAAUGGCUUUCCAUCAUCUUUGUCUGAGGAUGCAAUGAUAUUAUUUGCCCAGUAGUGUGUGGCUGAUGACAAACUUUUAAACAAAAAGCUUGCCAUAUUUACCGUGUAACAGAAAAACAUUUUCUUGUAAAAUUUAUUUUUUAAUUUAUUAUUUUGUGAUGUGAAUUUUAAUCUUUNACUUGUGAUGCUGAUCAUUUGAGACUUUUCUUGUGAUAAUCAUGAUAUUUACUAAGUUUAGGGUUUAAAACUGAAAGUGGCAGAAUUAUAAUUUUGUCUAUCAUGUGAUUGACAAAGAUGCCUUUCAUGUGAUAAUCCAAAAUACUGCACUAUUCCAGGGGGCUUGUUGGAGCUAACACAUAGCCCUGGUGAAGUCUAUCAAAAUGAUGUAACAUAAUGCAUGCAAAAAAGUUAAACCCUGUGUCAAUAUUUUGCAUUUUCAAGGUCUGUUACGGUUGCUUUAUAUUGUAGCAGUAAAUAUACAAAGCCAAAACAUCUGAUAUCUUUAAAAAAAUAACAAUUAUUAAUCGUGGCUUUUUGUAACAUUUUCUUUAUUCAGGUGCCUAUAAUCAAAAUGACAGACCAGAAAACCAGUGUGAAAGUGGACAUAAGCUUCAACGUCCCAGCUGGGUUAAAAGCAGCCGACUUCAUAAAGGUAAACCUUUUUGAAUGGCUUUCCAUCAUCUUUGUCUGAGGAUGCAAUGAUAUUAUUUGCCCAGUAGUGUAUGGCUGAUGACAAACUUUUAAACAAAAAGCUUGCCAUAUUUACCGUGUAACAGAAAAACAUUUUCUUGUAAAAUUUAUUUUUUAAUUUAUUAUUUUGUGAUGUGAAUUUUAAUCUUUUAUGCAAUGUUCUGUUUCUAUAAAAAAAUUAUAUCCAUGUUUUUGUCCAAGGGUUUUGAAUAUAAAAAAUUCUUUUGGAAAAAAAAUUCAUAACUGUAGUAAUAUAUUCUUUGAUAAAUCUUACCUUGUGUUUCAUUACCUGGAUUCUUGGCUAGUCCAUGAUUUGCUUUAAAAAAUUUUGGCUGUCUUUGAGAAAAGUUGUUUAUUUUCUGUUAGGGGAGGUUGUUGAAAUGGUUCCUUAUUAAUAAUAAAAAGAGUCCUUAUUCACAACAAAGAGAUGUGGCUUUACAAAAUAUGGUUGUACGAACUAAUUAAAUAUUAAAAGCAAUCACAAUCAGACAAAUUGAAAGAUACAUUUCUUAAUAAAAGAUCUUUUAGAGCGUUCCAUUUCGACUGCAGGUAAAAUAAAAUUAUGCCCUUGAUCUCGCAAACGUCUCUUUCUUUAAGGGGGCAACAGCUCAAAAAAUGGGAUGUGAGGGAUUCUCUGUAAUAGUUUUCCAUAACUUGCAGUCCCAAUUUUUUAAUAACCUUACUUAUAAGUUAUUUGUAUAUCCAAACCUAAAGGCACGUUUAAAAAAUGUCACUAUGAUCCCGUAACAAAAAAACUGGGGCAUAAUAAUUAACAGGUUAAAUAAUGUUGUCGGUUGAUCUUUAGGGUAUGUAAAAUAUUUAAACACAUGUAAAAUGAGUUUAAAACAGCUUCUAGCUUAUUCAACAACAUGUAGUUGUGAAAGACUCGUGAAGGAAAUGGUUACCCCGGUGAUGGUUUUUUCGGUGUCAUUUGAGACUAAAGGCUUUAUCCUGAAUAUCACUGAACAUGAUUUUUUUUGUUCAUGGCACCUAGAAGAGGGUUUGCAAGGCAAACCUCUUUCCUGAAAAUAAAUUAUUUUUUGUCAAAGUUCCUGAAUUCCCGAAACUGCAAAAGCAGUUUUAUAGGCACGUUGGUAUGAGGUGUUAACACACAUCUUAAUUAUUGCACAUUCUGUUAAUCUUGAGUAACUGGGGAAAUGUGCAUCCUUGGCUAAAUGCAAUAAGAAUGUAGCAGUAGCUCACAUUGAAUGGUACUGAACAACACAACAAAAACAUCCAGAGUUUAUAUCCUGUCUCACAGGACUCGAAAUUGCGACUGAUACGGUCCCCAAUGCGACUAACAUUUUCUCCUUGGCAACUAAAAAUUCUGGUUUAGUCGCCACUUCGGCAACCAGAUUUCUUAAUGAUUUAGAUUUAAAUUAAAAGAGUUAAGUUAAAACAAACAUUUCAUCUUAUCGUGCUUUGCUUUCAUCACAAAAAAUGUGCCAAACCGCAUAAACAAAGCCAGUUUACCUCCAAAUUUAUAUCGACUUCUGUCUGUGAUAUUUUCAAACAAUCAAAUAUGAUGGAUUGUGCCAUACUAUGAGCUGCAUCAUUUACAUUAUAUAAACUGGCGACUGAAAAUUUGCAUCUGGUGACUAUAUCUCUCCAGUUUGUAGCCAAAAGGCGACCUGAGAAACUUUUUUUAUUUUGAGCCCAAUCUCAGCAAAAACCCCAAGUGGUUGACUGGUUCUGUUUUUUAAUUAUACAGGAUCAGAUAGAAAUUUUCCCUUGCCUUGAACCCUUGGUGCUUGUCCUAAAGCAAUUCUUACUUCAGCGUGACCUUAAUGAAGUAUUCACUGGUGGGAUCAGUUCAUACUGCCUUAUCUUGAUGACUAUCAGCUUCCUGCAGGUGCGUGAUUUGUGAUUCCCAAAUGUGUUCAAUACAGGGUUAAAUAAAAGUCAGGUUUACAGCCUACUCGAUGAGCAAGCUUUAGCUACAAUCUUGGACAAAACUGUUGAGAAAAUUGCAUACUUGGGAAGCAUUUUUCUAAACGUCAUAGCCGUACCGGUUCUUCCCUCUCCCCCUUCCCCUGAAAGUAAUGUUGUGUAUUCAAAAGAAAGCCUGAUCCCUUGGCGUUGGUAGGAAGCAACAUUGAAUUGGGGGAAGGGGUUUUCUUUCCCCAAAGGCGUCGUUUUGGAAAUAGUUUUGUUGCGUGGGAAAGUGGACAAGAUGGAGAAAACUUUCACAAGUAGUUUUGUCCUGGAUUGUAGCAGGUACUAGCCCAAUGGUAACUAACCUGAAUUUUUUGACAUACAUGUUAAUGAUUAAUUUAUUAUUGUUAAUUAAUCAGUUACUUGCUUUAUUUAAUCACUGUAAUAAAAGAGAUAAUUUCACUUUGCCAGAUCAGCUAGAAAAACAGCUUUUGAUCCACAUGAAGUUUUCAGGAAUUUAAACAAUAUUUGUCUCACAGUACUUCUGUAAUUUGUAUUCCCCCAAAAAACUUCACUGGCCCAUCAGGUAAGUUAAGAACAGAAUUCAGUAGCCCGAGUGCCAAUUCCACUAGCCACUGGCUAUCGGACAUGACUUUCUUUGCACGGACGAGUCAUCCAAAUAAAAAUGUCACCUUGGGACGGAUACAGGACUGAAAACAAAUACGUAAAAGUACAACUAUACCCUCUUUCCUUCCUUCCUUCCCAAAUUUACAAUUUUAUAAGAACGACACCUGUACUACUAAAUGAUAAUUUUCCAAAAUAAAUAUUUUCCUCUAACUUUUUUCACAUUUUUCACACAGCACCGUAGAACACCUCCUUCAAAGAAUCUUGGAGUGCUUUUGAUUGAAUUCUUUGAACUAUAUGGUAAACAUUUUAACUAUACAAAUGUUGGAAUCAGGGUCAAAGAUGGUGGCACGUACUUUUGCAAGCAUGAGGUGAAUGAGCAAAAUAAAAUAUUUUAUGGCUAUAACAGACUAUUUUCUUUAAUACUACUGGUAAAUACCACACUGUACCCAGCCCUAUCAAAACAUGUAGGUGGGCAAAGUCUGCAUUCAAUUUUAUUGUUUGUUUCCUUUGUUUGACGGGAACUCACACCUUUUUAAAUAGUGGUGAUGAUGAUGAUGAUGAUGAUGGUGAUGAUGAAAUUCCUUUAAUAAUACUCUGUAGGGUUUGUGAAGGGAGUAACAGCCAUUUCUUUUAUUCAGCCCUUCAGACACUGCAACAAACCCACUUUUUCUGUAACAAUUAAUUUUAUUUCUCGGUUCUUUGUCAUUUAGGUUAUGCGUGGUAUGAAUGAUGUGUAUAAUCAACCUGCUCUCCUGUGCAUUGAAGAUCCUUUCACACCAGGUAAACAGAACAUACCAUAUUUCCUCGAAUAAUAUCUGUCCCUCAAUUAAUUGGCCCUCUCAAAAAAUUGCCCCCCCCCCCCUUUUGACAGAAAUAUUUAAGCAAUAUUUAAGGAAAUGCGGUACCUUCAGUGUGAAAGUUGCACCCUAUAUGCUGUAGCUGUGUGACAUUUGGGGUUUAUCAUUGUAGUGAAAAAUGUUUCAAUUCACCAGGCAACUGCAGGUGUCAGUCACUAUAUUUGUCCAAAGACCUUCAGUGCUGUAUGGGCUGCCUAGAGUCAUAGCUUAUGCUGUGAUGUUCUUGUGCUUUUUGUGCUCCCAUAGUGAUGUUUUUCUCCUAGGACUUAGUAGACAAAGUAUUCAAGAAUAAUUCCAAAUUCGGAUGAGAAGUACCAAGCCCUCCGUGUUAAUUCACCCUCCCUCUUAUUCUUUAGAUUUCUUAUAAUAUUAGUCACCUCUCCAGGGGUUUCAUUAAAAAUUGCAGUAGUAGGAGAAUAGUGUAAAGUAACAGGAGAAUAUUUUGAAAGAGUGAAGCCCUUUUCCGGAAAGAGCUUGAAAAUAAAUUUUGCAUUUUAAACCCUGCUGGGAUGGCUACUCUCUGUCUGACUACUUUCCUACUGUCUAAUAGCAAAUUUUAUUUCUCUUGGCUCCCUCAGGGAAUAUAAACACUGCACACAUCUACAUGGUUUAAAAACAUUUUUUCUUUGAAUUAACGGGCAUAUUGUUAAAUUAUGAUCGACUUCUAACCCUGUUACACACUCCUAGAGUUGUGACAUUUGGCUCUAUCUUAUUAAAUACCAAACAUACCAAAGAGUGGAAAUAAAAUAAUUCUCUAUAUGCUUUUACUUCAAUUCAAUAUUUUAAAGAUGUUUUCAAUAGUGAAAGCACGGGCCAUGAGAAACUUUUCCCGACUCUGUUGGCGAAACGUGCUUGCACUAGACGUAACACAUUUAAACAAAUUCGCUCUCAGCACAAAACUUUGCAUGUCUGGUUUAAUAGAGAUCUAUCAAAUAUUGACGAAUAUCUCCUCUUUGUUUCCUCUGCAGUGAGCAUUUAUAAUGUGCCAGUUUAGAAGUCAUUGUUAAAAUAGAAAAAUCUCAAAAUUUGCAUUUGCUUCGUAGUAAUUUGAUACUCUGUCAUUUAUAUAUGGAAAAGAUCACCAAAUUUUUUUCCAUAGCAGUUCACAAAGAAAUCGUUCUUUUUAUUCAUAAAGGUACUUGAUUCUUAUCGCUUAAACUUUUCUCGUCAUAACUUUGCCACUAUGAUUUGUUCAUCAUGUACUUUUUUUGUUUCACGUUUUGCCUUUAUUAGUAUUUCUUCAUUUAAUAAUUGUUCGUGUGCGAAUUAAAAAGUGUCGAGCAUACAGUCAACUUUCCACGCUCAGCAAACCGCCUAAUAUUUUACACGUCCCCUGUUAGUUUUGUUGAGCUUAACUGCUAGAAUUUAAAUAAGGUUUUAUGUAUUUGUUAUUUAUUUAGGAAUGUAAAGCAAGUGGAUAAGCACUAAAAUUACACAUUUCUGGGAAUAAUAAUUUCUUUUUACAUAACAUAUCCACGUCUGAUUUGUAAAAUAGCCAUACUUCAAUGCGUAAUGAAACCCCUGCCUCUCUCCUAACCACACUCAACCAUCUCCGCCUCUGUCAAGGGCUUUCAAUUAGACUGGCACCUGCCAGUGCUCUGUCAGGGUAUCCUGUUGUGAAUGAUCAAUUAUAUUAACUGAAUGUUUAGUAGAAUGUUCUUAAUUGCUUAAAAAGGCUCUGCUUCCCCUACCCCCUCUAGCAUAAGCCAGACGACUCAGUGACUCUGGUCUAGCUAGGAUUGCAUCGUCUUUUUCUUGCAUGUAAUUAAGCUGGUAGGACAGUUUCAGUGCUUUUUUAUCAAGUUUGUUUGAAGAUAUUGAUCUCUGAAUGAUAUCUGACUUACCAAGCUCAUUACAGUGAGACUACUGUAACCAGGGCCGCUUAGACAAAGUUGUCCAAUCAUAUUACGGGACAAUAACAAUACAUUCUAAGAAAGUUGGUUGUGGACCAGUCAGCAGCUCGUAAUAAGAACAGUAAGUUGCUCGAAGCCCCAAAUUUAACUAUUUUAUUAAUAUAGCAAAAUGUUUUUCAAGAAAGCAAAAUGUUUUACCAGGCAAUGGUUUCUAUUCUAAACAUUACAUACAACACCCAAGAGACAUAUCUGUCUGACACAAGCUGUUAUUUUGUCAUACAUCAGCAAUUUCUUUGCUUCCAUUGCUGCGCUUUGCAAUAACAUGCUACCUCAAGUCGAAAAUGUAACUAACAUUUACAUUUUUUUGCCUCCGUCAUUCACCUUAACAGUCCUCUCAGUAAAUGGAUGCUUUCAUUGACGGGUUCAAAAGGUCACAUCUGUAGGUUGUGAUUGGUUAAUAUCAGUCUAUGUUGUUGAUUUCGUUUCAUGGUUUAUGAUUGGCAACUAACUUUCUCGGAAUGUAUUGUUAUUUUCCGGUAGUCUGAUCGGUCAACUUUGUCCAGGUGGCCCUGGUUAUAGUAGUUACACUGUAAUAUUAUUUCUGAGGAGUUUUAAAUAAGCCUGUCGUCACCCGCAUGUGGCUUUUUAGAAAAUUCAUGAUUCAAAAUAGUUAUUAUUGUGUUGUUGGUGGUUUACAGAGAACUACAUAGGCAAGAGUUCGUAUAAAUUCAUGGAGCAGUUCGUCCGGAAACUUAUACGGAUACUUUGGAACUCGUUUGGUGACAACUCCCUAUAACUGUUCUGAAGACUGUCCGUUCUUUCACAAUAUUAAAAGAAUUAUUUUCCAAACCUUCGCCUUCAAAGGGAACCAUUUCUCUUUGGCUGAUACUGUAGAAUGGAAACAUAUCUAGCUAGAAAAUUUUUUUUUUUAUAAGACUUAUCUUCUACAGCAGGUAAGAAUAAAGUUUGUCUAGUUAUCUAUUUGGUAGUCUUCUACUCCUAAACCAGAAGGCCUGGCCCCAGUUUUUCAGUAGGUGGAUAAUGCUAUCCAUUGGAUAAAUGACUAUCCACUGGACAGCGCAAUUGGUUUUGCUAAGACUUAUCCAUUGGAUAGUUAUUUAUCCGGUGGAUAGCGCUAUCCAUCUUUUGAACAACCGGGUGUGGUUUAAAUGUAUGAUACUCUCCCCCUGCCCCCCCCCCCCAAAUUGAGUGUUGUUUGCUAUAACUCUUAAGUGUGGAGGAGAUAGCAUAUUGUUUUAAGAGUUUUUUUGUUUUGUUUGUUUGUUUGUUUGACAUUAACUGUUUUUUGACUAGCAGACUCCAUGGUGAUGAAGGUGGUUAUCUUGGGCGGGUUGUUUCAGUGAAGGAUGAUGUAGUAGAGUAUCGAGAAUGGGUAGAGAGUGUCUGGGCACAAUACAGUACUCCAUUGAUUACUCAAGUUAGCUGCCCAACAGUUCCAACGUAUGCAAGCAUAGCAAACAGGCAUGCCCAGCCUGGGAGUGUUAUAAAGACUCAAGGUGUGACAUUGCAGGACAUGUCCAACAGAAGUGCCACUUGGCCUAGCUGUAGAUCACAAUCAAACGUGGAAACAGCUGUGUUUGAAACCAGAAUGGCCGUGCAGAGGGAGUGGCAACAAAGUACAGACUGCCUUUAUACUCUCGCUGGUGGUAUUAGAACAAAACCAAGUACAAACUCAGUGUGGACAGCAACCUCUGUUCGAAAACUGGCAGAUUCACUUGCCCAAGACAAUGUUGCCAGGAAAAAAGGAGGUAAUGAAAUGAGGACUGCUGACAGUGUUCGGAUAACAAAGCUAUCGUCAAACUCAAAACCUUCACCCACAAACUCUAAUCAGAUAACUCUGUCUUCAGAAGUGAACUCUUACUCGGCAGUGACAAAGCACUCAAGGACUGCAACUUUAAAGGAAAAUCUUCCUACUUCAACAAAGACCAGUGUAGUCAACUUGACAGCUAAAUCUGUGUUAGAUUCAGGUGCAACAUCAACCAAAACUUCUGCAGUUGCACCAUCAUCAAAGUCAAAAGCUGUGUCAGCGUCACAGCAAAUGUCAACAAACAAUUCUUUUGCAAUUGACUCCAUGUCUAAGCCAAAAUCAAUGUCGCCUGGCUCAGGAAAUGCUCUGACUAAGGUGCCUGUAGUUGACUUGACAUCCAACUCAAAGGCAGCAUCAGUUUCAGGGCAAACUUCGACAAAGUCAUUGGGACAGACUUCAGUGAAGGCGCUGGUGAAAAUGCCUGAGAAUGACUUGGCAUCAAAGUCAAAGUCUGUUUCAACUUCAGGACCAGUAAGUGGUGGCUCUCACAAAAAGACUGAGGAACGAAAAACAUCAGCUUCUAAUAACAAUGUAAGUGGCAACCAUUCUACACAGAGUUUAAGUUUCUAAAGAAUACAUGGUUGACAUUUUUUGUUUUUUUGAGGCUGAGUGAGAAGUAACUUGAGUUAUUCAUUCGUUUACAAAACGUUAUGGCAUGACCAUUCUUGGAAUGUUUUAAUUUAAUUUCAAUUUUACAAAAAACAAAUUGAAUAGAAUCUUUUUUAUCUUUAACUGUGGCUGCUGUUGAAAGUGGUAGGGUCUUCAUAGAGAUAUUCAGCCAUGCGUGUACAUGUUUAUUAUAGGUAAGACCUGUUCUCAGGUUCAAACAGUCUUCAAUCCAAGUUACUGUCAGGGUUAAAAUCCUGACAUACAGCUAAUGCUUAUAGGUAGAGUACAGUUUUUACCUGAAAAGGGAUUUUAACUUCAAGUGAUUUCUUGUGUGCUGAUUGGUCAAGAGCUAUGUUUGAUAAGAGUACAGACUAUGGAAGUGAUGUGUUGGCGGCGCAAUUUGUUUUUCUCUUUAUCGUGCAUGCGAUUUUCCAAGAAACUUCAACGGAAAUGGACAUCAAAAACUGUCAGUGUUAUUACAAUGGAAAACAAUAAUUUUCCAUGGCCCGUUCUCUCAUCGAUCAUAGAAACAACAUCAAAAUGUUCACAACUUUACAGUAAAACUACUCACCUAUGGCUGGUUCCACUCAAGUUUUAAACAUUUUGACGUCAUUUCUAUGGUCAAGAAAAGUACAGAUCAUGGGAAAUUGUUGUUGAUUUGUUAAUCACCUUCAGCAGAAACUGUGGUUUGCUGGUAUUCCUGAUGCUCUGACGUUUUGCCUGCGAGCAAGUUCUCUCAACAUCGCCCCAAUUGAGGGAGCUUUCCUGCAGGCUACCUAAUCUUAAAUCCUUGCCAUACUUAGUACAUUUGCAAAUUUUUUAUACAUUUUGGUAUUUGAUAUUAAAAGUAGCAAAAUGAGAAAGUAAAUGUCACGAUCAUUUAGAAUAAAUUAUUAGCACCAUAAUCACUGCAAGUCUUGAUUGAUUUCUUCGCUUUAAUCUUUUGUCACUAGCUGAAGUGCGUUAUGUGUGAAUUAUUAAAGUAGUUAUUCUUUUAAAAUGUUUAGAAUGCAGUGGUUGUCACUUCACCAAAGCUGGUCUCAAAGACCAGUAGUCACCUGAAUAAAGACAAUGGCAUAGGAAGACAAGGCCCCCCAACAACAGUUUUAAACACAAGCAAAAGUAGUAACAACAAUCAUCAAAAUAGCAACAUUACUAAAAACACCAAUGGUAAUUCAAAGGUCUCGUCAAAGCAGAAGAAAGGAAAAUCAGCAAAGACUAAGAAGGGCAAAAGUUCGUGA